AUGGCUUCUGGCUCUUUAUUUGGCGGUCUUUAUGGCAAUGCAGGCAACUCAUUCCAGAAUUCGACGCAGCGCCCGGGCUUUGGUCUUUCUCAACCACAGCAAAGCCAGCAGAACAACCAGUCUCAACAAAUGAACCAGUCGCAACAGGCUGGGAGUUCUCUAUGGAAGCCUGGCAUGAUGUCGCUUCGGCGCAUGACUUCAGAUCAUAAGACGAUACCAGAACAGAUGCACACAUUAACAUGCAAAUGGGACCCGGCACACCCAUCGUGUGAAUUCAAAACCUACUUUUACAACAAGGUCGACGAAGCAGCUAUACCAUUCUACGGCCCUGCGCCUGGAGAUGACCCAAAGGCAUGGGAGGAGGCGCUGGCUGAGAAGCCCGGCCCCGGCUACAUCCCAGUGGCGGCUGUCGGCUUCCAGGCGCUCGCGCAGCGCCUCAACGCUCAGAGGCUAGCCGUGGGUCAGUUCAACCAGCGCCUACACGAGAUCAACGCCAGUCUAGAUGCCAUUCUGUCGAGGCACGACCUCGAGACGUCAGUGCGCACCAUGGCCGCCCGUAGGAGGCACGCCGAGCUGCGCAAGAGGAGCCUGAAGCUCGCAGCACGGGUGCAGGUGUUGCGGAACCGGGGUUACGCGCUUAGUGGCGACGAGGAUGACCUCAGGAUCAAGUUGGCUGCGCUGGAGCGGACAGCUCAGGACCCGGCGCUUGGCGCAAGGUUGGAGGAGCUGUGGAGCAGGCUCAUCACGCUGCGGGACUAUGCCGAGCAGUUGAAGAGUGAGAUCAGCAAGGGCGCGCCGGCUGAGAUGCAGACUGGGCUGGGAGAGGAGGUUGAGGCCAAGGCGAAAAAGAUUCUUGAGGACUACGAGAAGCAAAUACAACAUCUCAAGAAAGAGUUGGAGCUAGUCAAGGCUGAGUACGAUGACUGGGAGAAACAAACCACACCUGCUACUAGGUCAUGA